CUACUUAGUAGCUUACUAGCUUAGUAUACCAUAGAGAAAUAUGUCUAUGCUUAUGCUUACGCUUAAUACUUACACGCGCAUACACACACUGAUUCUGAAUUCCGAUGACUUCAAUCUGCUUCAAUGCGACAUUGCGACGUGUGCGACCGUAUGUCAGGUUGGUAGGGGCUCACUAGGGGCGCGCCAAGGCGCCAUGCUGGGCCAUGCUCCCCUGCUUUUACUUGACAAAAGUAUAAUCUUAUUUCCCAUUUUAAGUUGUCACAGGUAGUGUACCCUCCUGACCUCCCCCACAAGUAGUUAAAGGCUCCCAGAGUGUGUGUAAGGGAUGGCCACCUGGGACGGCUCUUACCCAGAGCCAGAUGGGCCCAAUUAUUACGCCAACAGCUCCGUCAGUCAGAUACCUGCCAAUAUCCCAGCUUGGGAUUACUAUCUGCCCAAUCACACCAACGCCUAUCCCCAAAAUCCAGUCAACUCGUAUCCCAUUCAUCGAACAAUGGUCUUUGAGCAGAGCACACCUGCUGGUCCUACUUACUACAAUAAUACUGAUGGGAACGUCAUUCCUGCUUUGGUGCCAAACGUUGCAACAAAUGCCGAUUCGUAUUCUAACAAUGGGAUACCAGCUGUUUCUAACAAGAUUCACAAAGUAGGCAACUCCGAAGCAAAUUUCAAGACCACUAAUAAUCAGUUGCCUUGUUUCUAUGAGGAUAACAAAAUAGCUCAACAGGCUUACUACAACAGAAACAAUUUUCCGACCAAUAGUAAAUACAAGGAUACAAACAAGACUUACGAUGUCUCCAGUAUAGUCGAGAACUCAAAUUUGCACGCCACUGCUAUGGAAUUCGUACCGAAUCUGAAUAAAAAAGAUCGCAAUACCAAUAGCGUCAAUGCAUAUACGAAUAGCAAAGGUCGCACGAAUGAUAAUUAUCAGAAGCCAGAAGUUGAUCAGGACCAGCAAGUUGUAGAUUCUAAUAAUGUUUUUGUUGAGGAUAACAAGCAAAAUGAUAGGAAAUUUGAUAACAAAAAGGAUGCUGGGAGAAAAUGGAGAGACAAUCAAAGUAAUGGCCAAUACUACAGGGAUGAUAGGAAGGAGUACGGUAAGCCCCAAAAUUUUAAAAAAUAUCAGAACGAUAGAUACAGUACGAAUCAAAGUUUCAACGACAAACCGCGAAAUAAUCGCUCCAAGAAAGAUGACACGGAGAGUGUGACUUCAGAAACUAGUGCAGGUGUGGAGCUGGAGACAAUCGACGGUCGUCAGGAUAGUUUUGGCAAUACCGAGAAGGGCGAUGCGUUCGUUAAAACAGACAACACUCAGGCGGUGACACCUCGAUCAGCGAAAAAUUCAAGGCCAUUCUCAAAUAAUAAUCGAGGAGAUAGAUACGACAGGUACAACAGUAGAGACCCGAGAGAAUCUCGAGAUCCGAGGGAUUUCAGGGAAAAUCGGGAUCACAGGAAUUCGCGAGAUCCUAGAUAUUCGCGGGACUUUAGAGACACUCGGGAUUCGAGAGAUUUUAGGGAUAGGAAAAAUAACCAUACGGAGCACAAUGGAUACAAUAGAAAUAAUUACAAUCGAGAUAAGUACGAAAGAAGAGAUAAUAGGACCGCUGCCACUGAAAAUCGUAGUAAAGAUUUUACCGAUUGGAGACAAAGGCCCAACAAUGAUACCGGCAGUAAGGUGAUUCUCCUCAAACGUUCGAACAACAAAAAAUAUGAACCAGAUGAUGCAGCCAGUCAGAGGGAAAGAUUAACGGAGCAACUGAACCGAGGUAAUUUGGAGUGUUUGGUAUGCUGUGAAUCCAUUCGGCAAAAUGACUACGUGUGGUCGUGCAACAACUGCUACCACGUCCUGCAUCUAAAGUGCGUGCAGAAAUGGGCCAAAUCGUCGCAAGAUGAUACCGGCUGGCGCUGUCCUGCCUGCCAGAACGUCACGUCAAAUGUGCCUUCGGAUUACUUGUGCUUCUGCGGUAAAACGAACAAUCCCGAGUGGAACAGACGCGACAUCGCCCACUCGUGCGGCGAAAUCUGCGGACGCCCACGCUCGGAGGUCAGUUGUGUCCACAAGUGCACGCUUCUCUGUCACCCGGGCGCUUGUCCGCCCUGCUCAGCCAUGGUCGUCAAGUACUGCGGCUGCAAGCGCACGUCGCGCUCUCAGAAGUGCAGCGCUGGCCCGAUGUUGCAGUGCGACGAGAUCUGCGAUCGCGUGCUCAACUGUGGGCUGCACAAGUGCAAGAGACAGUGUCACCAUGGGGAAUGCGAGCCUUGCGAUGAGAUUGUCAAGCAAGAAUGCUUCUGUGGAAAGCACAGCCGGGAAAAGACCUGCGUCCUCGAUUUGCCGCUGGUGUACUCUUGCGACAACGUUUGCGACAGAGAACUUGAUUGUAAAAAUCACAAGUGCACAGAUAUAUGUCACCCCGGAAGCUGUGGCCCUUGCGUUCUGAAACCCGAGACUGUGACCCACUGCUGCUGUGGCCAAACAGUUUUGACCGUCAAACGGGAAAGCUGCUUGGAUCCUAUUUCGACUUGUGACAAAACGUGUUCCAAACAAUUGAAGUGCGGUCAGCCAAACAAUCCCCAUACCUGCCGAGCAAACUGCCACGUGGGCGACUGCCCCGACUGCGAAUUGAUCACAAAGGUCAGGUGUCGUUGCGGCCACAUGGACAAGGAGAUCCCUUGCACGGAACUUAAAACCAAGGCCGACGACGCUCGCUGCGAAAAAAAGUGUACUAAGAAACGCUCGUGUGCCAAGCACAAGUGUAACCAGAUGUGCUGCAUCGACAUCGAGCACAUAUGCCCGCUAUCCUGCUCCAAGACCCUGAGUUGCGGAAAGCAUAGAUGCGAGCAGACUUGUCACAAAAGUAGAUGUCAACCCUGCUGGCGGAGCUCGUUCGACGAGCUGUACUGCGAGUGCGGCGCGGCCGUGAUGUAUCCACCCGUACCGUGCGGCGCCCGCCGGCCGGCCUGCGACAAGCCCUGUAGCCGCGAACACCCUUGCGACCACGAAGUCAUGCACAACUGCCACAGCGACUCAACCUGUCCACCCUGCAGCGUACUCACGCAGAAAUGGUGUUACGGGCGCCACGAGCUGCGCAAAGCCGUGCCGUGUUACGUCAACGACGUGUCCUGCGGUCUGCCUUGCGGGAAACCAAUAUCUUGCAAAAGACACAAGUGCAUACAGAUGUGCCACCCGGACCCAUGCGAAAAGCCCGGACAGAUCUGUACGCAGCCGUGUACCGUCCCUCGCGAGACCUGUGGCCAUAACUGUGCCGCGCCCUGUCACGACGGCAAGUGCCCCGACACACCUUGCAAGGAGAUGAUCAAGGUGACCUGCCAGUGCGGCAACAGAACGACGCUGCGUGUGUGCGCCGAAAAUGCACGCGACUACCAGCGCAUAGUCAGCGGUGUAUUGGCGAGCAGAAUGGCGGACGUGCAGCUGGGUCACUCGGUGAAGCUCGAGGAGGUGUUCGGUCAGGGCGCUCGCAAGCAGAACCAGCUCAAGACGUUGGAGUGCAACGACGAUUGCAAGAUGAUCGAGCGCAACAGGCGGCUGGCGCUAGGGUUGCAGAUAGUCAAUCCAGACCUCAGUGGCAAGCUCAUGCCCAGGUACAGCGACUUCAUGAGGCAGUGGGCCAAGAAGGAUCCCGCCUUUUGCCAGGUUGUGCAUGACAAGCUGACCGAGCUCGUACAACUGGCCAAGACGUCGAAACAAAAAUCCCGGAGCUUCUCGUUCGAGGUCAUGAACAGGGACAAGAGGCAGUUUGUGCACGAGUCGUGCGACCACUUUGGCUGCGAGAGUCACGCUUACGAUCAGGAGCCGAAACGCAAUGUCGUCGCCACGGCUGUUAAAGAUAAGUGUUGGUUGCCAAGCUAUAGUCUUAUUGAGAUGCUGCAAAGAGAAAACGGGCAGCGGAAAGUACCAGGCCCAAUGAACACGUCAAAACUGAAUAGUACUGAUAGGAGCAAGGACGUUUUAACACUAAAUUUCAAGAAGAUUGUUAAUCCUUUACCUGCAACUCCCAGGGCGAUCUCCCCAUCAAGGUCUCCUGAGCCAGAGAUAGAUUAUUUUAAUUACAAGGGUUAAAUCGAACCUGGAUAUAUUUAAUUAUUUUAAAAAGAAAGAAAGGACAUCGAUUAAAGACGGUAUAGCAAUCAAAUUAAAAAUACUCGAAGCAGCUGUGUCCAUACCUUAAUUAUUGAAAAGAUUGUCUCACAUUGCAUAUGGUUCAUGGUUAUAGGAAUAUUUAAAUCCAAAUUUAUUUAAAUAAAGAGAAAGAAAAAUCAAGUAGCAAUAACAUUUUUUGGUUCAAUGAAUAUUCAUUGUCCAUUAGUAAAAUUUCAAUUUAACUGGUUUUGUUGUUUAAAAAUCAUUGUGCAUUUUUCAUGCUGAUGAAAAGUUUUUAGAGUUAUUUUCCUUUAUUUACUUAGUUGUCAAUUUAUGUAUAUACACUUUAAAAUACAUUUCUUUGUGAUAACCAU